GUGGUUUAGCUUCCGGUGUGUUAGCUUGGCUCCAUGGUAAACAGCGCUAGCCGUUAGCUGUCGGUGCUAGCGGUGCUAACGGAGCUAGCGGUGCUAACCCGAGCUCCAGACAGGUGGAGAGCAGGUGAACUUCGCCAGGAGCAUUAUGGCCUCCCCUCUCCCCCUGUCCUCCCUGCGGCUCCUCGUCCCCCCCCUCCGCCUGCUGACGGCGGCCAUGUGGCAGGUCGCUCAGCAUCAGAGCGUGAAGCACUACGGGAUGCUGGAGGACUUCGUUUCCAUGGUGACCGAGGCGGUGCCACAGCUGCUGACGGACAGACAGAGGAGCCUGCUGCUGGCGGCUCUGAGGGCCAAGGUGACCCUCUCUGACUCUGAGGACGUGCACACUCACCUGGACAGGAUCCGCCCCGUCUCCCAGGCAACGCGGCAGGACCACGAGGCGGACGACUGGUGUUCGGCUCUGUUCACGCUGACUGACAAAGUGACACAGAGCCCUGCAGACAGACAGCGCCUCCUGCAGGAAGUGUUUAACCAGAGUUUUGACUCCGCCCUCCAGUCCCUUGUGUCCGACUUCCUCUCCAGGAUAGAGCAGAUGUUUCCUGUGCCCGACUUCAAGCAGUCCGCUUCCUGGCUCGAUGCUGCCCCUGCUGGUGUGGAGGGCUGUCUGCAGGAGGCGCAGCGUGAAGAUCUGAGGAAGCUGCUGACCAAUCAGAGCUGUUCUCUGGGCCGAGCCACCACCACAGUGAGUCGAGACUCAGAGAGGAUUCUUCUCUCCGCCUGGUCCCACCCACUCUUCACCAAACUGACCAAUCGUGAGCCACCGCCUGCUGACACUCAAGAACAGUCGCACGCCGUCACCGGUGCGGUCGGCUGUUCGCAGCUGGACGCGGAGCUGGUGAAGGUGGAGGUGGUGGUCAUGACGGAGGACGAGCAGGAGGAAGUGGAGGAGGCCGUGAUUGGUCAGACCGUGGAGCCAGUGGAGCAGGAAGCGGCGGGUGGCGAGGAAUGCUCCGAAACACCCGUGAUGCUGCAGGUGGACGGGUUAAAGGACUCACCUGGAAACUCUGCCGACCAAUCAGAAGACACAGUCGACCAAUCAGAUCAGUCGUGCUCCGAGGUCACAGCCAAUACUCUGUACAGCAUUUCCCAUAAUUCUCAGCGUGUGGCUCACAAGUGUCCUCAGUGCAGCAAGUGUUUCAUCUACCGCUCUCAGGUGAUCCGUCACCUGCGCACCAACAAGUCCUGCGGCGCCACCUUAACCACGGCGGGAGUCGUGAACCUGCCGGAUCCACCGGGCGUUCGUGACGAGGAGCCUUGCCCCGCUGAGCCCCGCCUCCCAGAGCCCCGCCCCACCAGGACCCUCUCCUGCUUCCAGUGUAACGCCGUUUUCAUAACCAAAGCCGAGCUGCUGUCGCACCAGCGCAGCCACCGGGCGCGACCCGUGUACCAGUGUGGUCAGUGCGACAAGGAGUUCCACCACCUGUCCAGCCUGACCAAUCACAAGCAGACUCACCUGCACCAGGGAGGCUUCACCUGCAGCCGCUGCGACAAAGUGUUUGAGUCGCCGAAGGAGCGAGACGCCCACCGGCUGCAGCACCGGCUGCCCGACCUCACGUGCACGGUGUGCGAGCAGACGUUCAGCUCGCAGACGCUGCUGCUGCGCCACCUGCAGACUCACUCGGUGGAGGGCGCCAACCCGCGCUACAGCUGCCGCUUCUGUGAGCUGAGCUUCUCAGGUGUGACUGAGCUUCGUAUCCACCAGCGCACGCACACGUUCCGCUCCUACCAGUGUGACCAGUGCAGUAAGACGUACAGCUCGCUCACCGGCCUCCAGUCUCACCGGGCGAGCCACAGCAGCGAGAGCCGCUUCCUGUGUCCGCAGUGCGGCAAACGCUUCAAGACGCGGGACGGGCUGGAGGGUCACCUCAGGACGCACACCGGCGAGCGGCCCUACCGCUGCCCCUACUGCCCCAAAGACUUCACUGCGCUCGCCGGCCUCAACGUGCACGUGCGGCGGCACACCGGGGAGCGCCCGUACGUGUGCAAGGUGUGUGGUAAGGGCUGGCCGUCCGGGGGCGACCUGCAGAAACACAUGAGGACGCACACGGGAGAACGACCAUACGUCUGCCAGGACUGUGGGAAGGCGUUCUCCAUUUCCUGUCACCUGACCGAACACCGGAGAAUACACACAGGAGAGAAGCCGUUCUCGUGUCCAGAUUGUGGUAAAUGUCUGAGGAGGAAGUUCGACCUGAAGAAACACAUGUUGUCUCACAGCAGCGUUCGACCCUACGCCUGCGUCUACUGCGCCAAGAGCUACACGCGCAAAACUCACCUGAGCCGCCACCUGCUCACACACAGCGCCGCCGCCGCACACGUGGAGGCGGAGCCCAGCGACCACGACUCAAACACGCCCCCUGCUGUCUGUACAUGAUCCUAAAUACAGUUUUUAUCAUUUACAAAGUGAUGAAAACAAGUGAAUCAUUGUGAAUUAAAAUGAUAAAAACGUCAUCUGCUCCACAUCAA